AUGCGCCCCUCUAAGACUGAGGCGAAGAAUCUGCAAAUGCGAGAAACUAGGUUUGACUUGAACCAACUCGCACGCGUCGCUGCAGAUUCUGUUGGCGCUGGUCAAUAUAUUUCUAUUAAGAAAUACCCAGAUGGCAUGUUUAAUAAAACAUUCCUUAUGACCAUGGAUAAUGGCCAAGAAGUCGUUUCUAAGGUGCCAAAUCCGAAUGCUGGUGUUCCACACUUUACUACAGCUAGUGAAGUUGCUACAAUGGAUUUUGCAAGAAAAGUCCUGGAUACACCAGUGCCCCAAGUUUACUUAUGGAACUCACAAGCAGAAUCACAUCCUGUUGGGGCUGAGUUUAUUAUUAUGGAUAAAGUCAAGAGUGUUCCACUCUCUCAAGUAUGGGGCACUACGAAACUUCCGCAGAAGCUCAAGGUACUUCUUGCUAUAACACGAAUCCAAAAGAAAUGGCUGAGUGUUUCAUUCUCGCACUAUGGCAGCUUAUACUAUGCAGGAGACGUUCAACAAUAUAGUAAUAGCAGUUACUAUGUGAAAGACGGCAAUACCAUUGAAAGUUCUGGGUUUACUAUUGGCCCUAUUAUAGCUCGAGACUGGCUUGAUGGGGCCCGAUCGAAGUUAUUGGAUAUUAAUAGGGGGCCAUACCCAGAUAAUCCUGAAAAUAUUACAGGUAUUAUUGAUUGGCAGUCUUAUCCGGCCUUCCUUGACUGGGAUGGCCUUGAACCCGAGACACUUGACCUUAUAUCAACCUAUGGAUUGAUAUUUCUUGCCCAUCGUAUGUACGAAGAUGGCGAGGCACACUUUCAAUCACUCCUAGUUGAUCUUAAGGACUCGUGGGCAAGCUUGCCUAGUGUUACUAGUAAUACCCCAUCCCCCUUUGACUUCUCUCAGGCAGAUAUCGAGCGGAUUAAGCUAGACAGUGAUGCGGCGGUAGCAGGCACCGAUCUUGUUUUAGAGGCGAAAGAGAGUCUGGGUGAUCUGUGGCCAGAUAAAGGAUUCAUAGAGCAUGCGCAAUAUGAUGAUUGCAAAGCUGCCCUUGACAAUGUCAAAUGCCAGAUAUUAGAGCAAUUAGCAGAGACUGAGGAGGAAAAAGCUGAGUACAAGAGGUAUUGGCCAUUUGACUGA